AUGUCUUCCGACGAGAUUGUCUGGCAGGUUAUCAACCAGCAAUUCUGCUCCUACAAGCUCAAGACAACCAAAGGCCAGAACUUCUGCCGCAAUGAAUAUAAUGUCAGCGGUCUCUGCAAUCGCCAGUCCUGCCCGCUGGCCAACUCCCGGUACGCUACCGUGCGGUCGGAUCCCGAGACGGGCGUCAUGUACCUGUACAUGAAGACGAUCGAACGAGCCCACAUGCCCAGCAAGCUCUGGGAGCGCAUCAGAUUAUCGUCCAACUACGCCAAGGCGCUCGAGCAGCUCGACGAGCGACUGAUCUACUGGCCCAAGUUUCUUAUUCAUAAGUGCAAGCAGCGUCUCACGCGGCUGACGCAGGUGGCUAUUCGGAUGCGGAAGAUCGCGAAGGAGGAAGAGCGGCUGGGGGAGAAGAUUGUGCCGAAGCUGGCGCCGAAGAUCCGGCGGAGGGAGGAGACGAGGGAGCGCAAGGCUGAGUCUGCUGCGAAGGUUGAGCGGGCGAUUGAGCGUGAGCUUAUUGAGCGUUUGCGGAGCGGCGCGUACGGUGACCGGCCGCUUAACGUCGAGGAGGGGAUCUGGAAGAAGGUCCUCCGGGGUCUGGAGCGCAGUGGUGAGGGUGAGCGGGACGAGGAUCUCGAUGACGGUGAAGAGAUUGAGGAUGAAGAGGAAGAGGGCGUUGGUGAGGUGGAGUAUGUCAGUGAUCUUGAGGAGGAUGAAGAUCUCGAGGAUAUCGAGGACUGGUUGGGUGGAGACUCGGCCGACUCCAGUGAUUACGAUGAUGAUGAUGAGGAUGAUGAGGACAGUGACGAGGGCAGCGACGCAGAAGACGAGUCCAGCGAUGAGGAGGCCAAGAAGCCCAAGCCUGGGGCCAAGAGAAAGCGUGCUGCACCACAAGCGAAGCCCCGGAAGAAGGGUCCUCGGGUCGAGAUCGAAUACGAAACCGAAGGAGCGGGCAAGGAGAGCAUCCUGGCUUAG